CAUUGUGGCUAUGGUGCAACUGAUAAAAACAUUCCGUUUGUGCAUGCAUAUGCAAAGAUUGACACCAAGCAGAGCAAAGCAUCCAAGAAGACAUGGCCUCAGCCAGCAGUUUUCUCUCUGAAGAUCAGUUUCUGUGCUCGGUCUGCCUGGAUAUUUUCACCGAGCCUGUUACUAUUCCAUGUGGACACAACUUCUGCAAAGUCUGCAUCUCCAGGCACUGGCAAGGCAAGGGGCAGUGUCAGUGUCCGCUGUGCAACGAGAAGUUUAACAAAGGACUCAAACUUCGUGUCAACACCACCUUCAGGGAAGUUGUGGAGAAUUUCAGAAAGAAUCAAAACAUCAAAACUAAACCUGAUUUCCUCGUCAAACCAGGACAGGUGCCUUGUGACUGCUGCCUUGGCAACAAGUUCAGAGCCUCUAAAACCUGUUUGGUAUGUUUGGCCUCUUAUUGUGAAAUACAUCUGGAGCCCCAUCAGCAGGUUGCUGCCUUAAAGAGACACAAACUGACUGAUCCUGUACAGAAUCUGGAGACCAAGAUAUGCAAGAAACACAACAGGAUUUUGGAGCUCUUCUGCAGGAAUGACCUGAUUCAUGUUUGUGGCUUGUGUACAGAACAUAGCACUCACGAUAGAGUCCCUUUAGAGGAAGAGUAUAAAGAGAAGAAGGCUCAGGUGGAGCAGAAAAAGGUGGAAGUACAGGAGAUGAUACAAGAGCGGCAAAAGAAGGUUCAGGAGAUAAACAAAGCAGUGCAGACCAAGAGGAAAGACAAAGAUGAAGCAAUAGCAAAUACUUUUCAGGUGUUUCAUACUUUGGUAGUCUCCAUUGAAAAACAGCUGCCUAGGCUGGUGGGGGUAAUAGAAGGGAACCAGACAAGAGUAGAAAGACAGGCUGAGAUGCUUGUCAUAGAGCUAGAAAAGGAAAUAAGCGAGCUCCAGAGGAGUAUCCCUAACCUGGAGCGCAUCUCACACAUCAAAGACCACCUCCAGCUCAUCAGGAGCUUCCAGUCCCUCUCCUCCUCCUCUUCGUGCACCAAGAACUGGUCGAACAUCAGUAUCAAUGGUCAGCACAAUGUCGAGGAUUUAAAGAGAGUUAUGGGCCAGCUGGAGGAGACAGUCACCAAAGAAGUGGAGCGAGCUAAUCAAGAAUUCAGGGUGUGCUGUGAUAAAAUCCUUGCUGAAGAAACCGAAACAGUGAAAGCACACACAUUCAUAGAUCUAGAGAGCCUGCCUGAAGGCAUCAGGUUGGAUGCAAUCCGGCAGCAAUAUACUGUGGACAUGACAUUUGACCCAUGCACUGCAAAUGAUCUGCUCCUGUUUUCAGAGGAUUUCAAACAAGUGCAAACCUCUCACAUUUGGUGGUUUGGAAAUGAAAAUCUGCACAAAUUCAACCGGUAUGCCUACGUCCUGGGGAAAAGGGGCUUUUCUAAAGGGAGAUUCUACUAUGAGGUUCAGGUUGCAAGGAAGACUGGCUGGGAUUUAGGUGUAGUCAGAGAGUCAAAGAGAGUGAAAAAAACAUUCACACCAAGUCCCAAGAAUGGAGUCUGGAUCAUUAGGUUGAGAAGCAACACCAAAUGUAAGGCCCUAACUAAUGUCCCUGUCAACAUCCCCCUGAUGAAGAAACCUGAGAGAGUUGGGGUGUUUGUAGACUAUGAGAAGGGCUUGGUGUCUUUCUAUGAUGUGGACACUGCAGCUCUGAUCUACUCUUUCACUGACUGCACCUUCAAUGAGAAAAUCUACCCAUUCUUUAGCCCUGGCCCUUCUGAGGACGGUAUCAAUAGCGCCCCUCUUGUUCUCUUGCCUGCCAAAACCUCAACUUUCUGGACACAAUUUUCAGAGUUUUUCAGCCUGAUUUUUACUGUCAUUGCUCUGGUUUUGGUUUCAUUUUAUUGAAAAUGACAUCUUCAUGGUCAUCUUUUACAGAGACAGGGUUGAAAAAUCUGAAAGGUUAUUAAUCUAGGAAAAUCUGAUCAUGAUAAGACCAGUCCUUGGAUAUUAUGGAAAACUAAGCCAUUCAUACAUUUUUACAGAUAUGUGAAACUCAGACAAAGCUUAAGAUAAGUUUAACAUGAAUUUUUUUUAUAAUGUAAUCACUAUAAAUUACUCUAUAUUGAUUACUUUCUUUCUCGGUAAAAGCUUUUUGAUGCUGGUGUUAGAUGUUUGUCAUAUACCCAUACACUAGCAUGUACAGUACAGUAUUAAUGUAAUCACAUUUAUCAUCUGCAUUUAACAAAAGCCUUUUAAAGGAAUUAAUGAAUAAAAAAAAUAAACAAAUAAAUAAUGAAUGAUGGUAUUGGUGGUCUAAAAGUGAGAGAAGCGAGACAGACAAUUAUUAACAACAGCUUGUAAAGUUUGCUACAGUGUUAGAUAUACAGUACUUGUAAAGACAGCAAAGGUUGAAAUCAGCAUCUCCUUCCAGUCACAAAGUCAUCUGUCACCUGAUUGUAUAACAAAAUGCAUUUACAUGUUGCACAUUUUUUGUAAAUUGCAAAAAAAAAAAAAACAUCAUUUUGCUUAUUUUGUCUUUAGUUAACUUCUCAGUGUUUCAUACACAAAAUUAAUUUACAUAAAGUUUCUUUUUUAAU